AUGCACACCCACACCCACCUCGAGCUUCUCAACAACCUCUAUGUACAGCAGCAGCAGUGGGAGCCCCAGGAGAUUGUUCUGACUUUGGAAAAGAGCUGGGCUGGCUACCUCUUGAGAAGGAAGACCAAGUGUGGGCAAGGAAAGGUAUGUAUAAUUGGUGGGGGGAGGCAUCUGAGUCUGGGUCAUGUUUUCCACUCCCAUCUUAUUAUACUCCUCCGCCUCAAACCAGAGCCUUCCAAGACACUUUCUGACCUCUCCUCCCUCCCUUCCCAAAUCAAAUUUGCUACCAUCUCAUUUCCCAGACCCAAACCAGAACUCAAGAACAGGGACAGUCAAGCAACAGAUGCACACCAAGACGAACUUCCCUUGUACAGUAAAAAGGGCUUACAGUUGUUUCGGCAGAAAAAGAAAAGGGCUUUGGGUGAAGUGACCCCAGGGGUUCUGCCUCAGGGUCUCUACUUAAUUCUCCUACAUGGACUCCCCAUGCCAAACAGGAUGCAUUCAGCAAGGAUUGAGCGCAGCUCAUCUGGAUUUGAUCAAUUUUCUACCCUUCCCCUGACUCCCAUCUUGUCCUCUGCUUGGAAUUCCUCAAGAGCAACCACAGUUGGAAGGAAAGAAGGGAGGGGUGGAGGGGUGGUACGAAUCCACCGACAACUGCAACGUCUGAUGCUGCUGCUCGUGGCUUUGGCUUUGCUUUUUUAAAUGGACAGCAUCGUGUGUCUGUUUGCUUUUUGUCCUCUUUUAAAGGUGGAUUCCCAAGUAUAAAUACUGCACCAAGGA